UUGUAGUUUUUUUCUUAGUCGGGUUUGUCCGUCGUUGUAGUUACUCAUUUUGUGGUGGCUUUUUGGAUAAGAAUUUCUUGUUUAAAAAGAAUUCUUGUGAUUGAAAAGUGUCUAAUAAAAUUUGUUGGCUAGUGAGUUGCUGCGGUGGUGACGACAGAUAGAAUUGGAAAAUAAAAUGGGAAACCUUGACGGCGGUACUUUCGCCGAAAGCGGCAUCAUAACAUCAUCAUCAGCUGCUGGCAGUAGCUGCUCCAGCAGUACCUUAACUAACAAUACAGCAGAAAUAGAACAACAAAUCGAAUAUGACCGGGAGCUGCAUGAGAAAAAAUUUGCAGCACCGGCAUACAAGGAAAUACGCACACGAAAAAAUGGUCUCAAGGCUAAUAAUGGAGUGACCAUGAACGGUAAUGGCAUCAAGUCCAAUGGCUACUUUCCACAAAAGAACAACGGCACAGCCUCAGCAGACUAUGGGGUUGCGGCCAAGCCAUCGGCUGCGGAACGUAAGCUGACACCCGCAGAAGAACACUUUAAGAAGACCUCAUUUGAAGAGGUGCCCUUACAUACCGCCUGCUUUACAUAUUUAGGUUUUUAUUUACUCAUGAUCUUGGGCUAUCUAAAUCAACUGCUGUUCGUACCCAAAGUUGCCAAGGAGGAGAAUCGUGAGGGUUACGUUACACUCUACGAUGCAUUUGAAAGUUUUUACUCGCGUUAUGUGUAUCGGCGUGUUAGGGACUGCUGGAAUCGUCCGAUUUGCAGUGUGCCCGGAGCCGAGUUAACUUUAAAAGAUCGUGUGACACAUGAUUAUGGCUGGAGUUUUGAAUUUACGGGCACAGAGACCAGAUGCUUAAAUUUGGGCUCUUAUAAUUAUUUGGGUUUUGCCGACAACUCUGGCCCAUGUGCUGAAAAUUCGGAAAAGACCACCAAGGAAAUGGGUCUGUCACUUUGCAGUCCCCGCGUUGAGCUGGGUAAUACUCAGCUGCAUAAUGAUUUGGAAAAGCUGACCGCCCGUUAUUUGGGCGUGGAGGACGCUAUAGUAUUUGGCAUGGGUUUCGCCACAAAUGCCCUUAAUUUACCCUCACUUCUCACGCCCGGCUGUUUGGUUGUAAGUGAUGAGAAAAAUCAUGCCUCUAUUAUAUUGGGCAUACGUUUGUCGGGUGCCACCACCAAGGUGUUUAAACACAACAAUAUGAAAGAUUUGGAACGGGUAUUAAGGCAUAGUGUGGUGAAUGGCAAUACCAAAAAUGGUGGCAAACCAUGGAAGAAAAUCUUAAUUAUUGUGGAGGGUGUGUUCAGUAUGGAAGGCUCGAUUGUACGACUGCCCGAGAUAGUCGCCUUGAAAAAGAAAUACAAGGCAUAUUUGUAUUUAGAUGAGGCGCACAGUAUUGGUGCGAUGGGUCCAAAUGGUGGUGGUGCACCGGAUUAUUUUGGUGUUGAUCCCAAAGAUGUUGAUAUUCUAAUGGGUACAUUCACUAAGAGUUUUGGCAGUGCUGGCGGUUAUAUUGCGGGAUCAAAGAAACUUGUUGACUUUUUACGCACAAACAGUCAUGCACAUUGUUAUGCCUCUACCAUGUCACCGCCAGUGGCUCAACAAAUUUACACAUCCAUGAGCAUUAUAAUGGGCUUAGAUGGCAGCGAUAUGGGACGCCGAAAAAUCAAUCAAUUAGCACGUAAUACACGAUAUUUCCGCAAGCGUUUAGCACAAAUGGGUGUUAUUACUUAUGGCCAUGAAGAUUCGCCAGUUGUGCCGAUGUUGGUGUAUCUAUUCUCCAAGAUAGGAGCUGUUGUACGUACCUUAACCACCCGCCAUAUAGCCGUUGUAGGUGUUGGUUUCCCAGCCACACCCAUUAUGGAGGGCCGUAUACGUUAUUGUCUAUCGGCUGCACAUACCAAAGAACAACUUGACUAUGCUCUAGAAGUUAUCGAUGAAAUCAGCGAUAAUUUGGGCUUGAAAUAUUCACGUAAGAAACGUGAUCCCAAUCCCAUAGAAUACUGAUUUCCAACAACAACAAAUCGAGCAAAAUAAUUUAUUACUGUUUCUUCUAAACUAAUAGUUAACCUAACACACAAAAACACAACCUACACACAAAAAGCUAUAUUCAAUAACUUUACAAACAUUCUUUUUAGGAAAUACUACAGAAAAGUUAAAAAAAUAACAAUUUUUUCUCUCUCCAAUUUACUCUUUAACAAAAACCAAACAAACAUUGAAAAAUCUUUACAAAUUCUAUGCUUAAAACCUCAAAUAAGUAACAUUAACAAACAAAAUAAGAAAAACAAAUUUAAAGGAAUUAAUUUUUUUAACUUAGGCUAAGCAAGAGAUCUACGAGUCAAACAAAUUAUAUUAAUGAGAAAAAAAAAGUAAUAAUGUGUUUUAAAAUGCCUCCAUUUCUUUAGUUAGUAAGCCUCUUUGUAUUAACAACAUAUAUAGUCAUUUUUUAAGAAAGGUUUGCUUUCCUCUUUUUUGGUUUUCCUUAAUUGUAUUAAAAUAUACAUAAUACAUUUAUAUUAUUCAUAUAUUUUAUUGUUUUCUUUUUCUUCAAAAAAGUGUUUUAAAUAUUUGUUAUAUUUUACCACUAGCAUUUAUUUUGUGUUUAUAUAAAAAAAGAAAUACAAUUAUUUAAACUUUAUUUGUAAAUUUAUGUUUAAAAAAUUAAAAUAUAAAAAUAAAUCUAUUUAAAUGAAAGAACCUAUUUAAAUGGUGUGCGAUGCUUGAUUUGAAUCAAAUUUUAUAUAAUGGAUUUACAAGUCUUCAGAAAUCUGAAAAUAAGUUUUCACAUUUUCUAGCAAAAACCAAAAAUUCGGCAAGUAAAUGUUUAUAAAACGCUACAAAAACUAGUUUUAAAUUAAGUCAUAUCAAUAAUUCUUUUUAUGCUUUGAAAUGUAAAACAAUUUGCUAUAAAUAUCAAAUCUGUAUUCUAAAUACUUUUGCAAAAUAAUGAGAGUUCGUAAAUAUUAAUAAUUGUAAUGUGAAAUCAACAUCUAAGCGUCCUUAUGUUACCAAACAAAACAGAGUUACAAUUAAAUUUAUGUAUUUUAGAUUUAAAUUUAUAUUAGAUCGCACAUCUUAACUAACUAUUAAUUCGUACUACUUAAUAUUGUCUUGUCUAUUUUGUACACUGUGUUUUUUAUGUUUUCUUUUAUUAAAAACAUAUUUUAUACCUACAUACAUUUAUCUACUACAUCCAUAUAUUUCUUAUGUUUUAUAAGAUUUGUUUUUAAUAAAUACAUAUUAAUUUAAUUGCUUAUAUUUAAUGAUUAAUUUAAAUUUAUUUAAAAUGGAACAAACAAAUAAAAUAAAUCAAAAUAAAAUUUUGUUUUCGUAAAAA